UCGGCCGAAACGCAAACUUUCUUCUUCGUUUUUGUGCUCUUUUUCGCCAGCGAUCGGUUCUCGUUCGGCCUGACAUCUUUCUUUUCUGCUUCUACCACGUUUUGCUAAAGUUGUGGUCCGUACAAAAUGUACAACGCUGUGUCGAAAAAACGCCGGUUCGUUGCCAAUGGCAUGUUCCGUGCUGAAUUGAACGAGUUCCUCACUCGUGAACUGGCUGAGGAUGGCUACUCCGGUGUGGAGGUCCGUGUCACUCCGACCCGUACCGAAAUCAUCAUCAUGGCCACCCGUACCCAGAAUGUCCUCGGAGAGAAGGGACGUCGUAUCCGCGAGUUGACCGCCGUUGUCCAGAAGAGAUUCGGAUUCGCCCCCGGAACCGUCGAGCUGUACGCCGAGAAGGUCGCCACCCGUGGUCUGUGCGCUAUCGCCCAGGCUGAAUCUCUCCGUUACAAGCUGAUCGGAGGUCUGGCCGUCCGUCGUGCCUGCUACGGAGUGCUGCGUUUCAUCAUGGAAUCCGGCGCCAAGGGUUGCGAAGUGGUCGUGUCCGGCAAGCUGCGUGGUCAGCGUGCCAAGUCGAUGAAGUUCGUCGACGGAUUGAUGAUCCAUUCCGGAGAUCCGUGCAACGAGUACGUCGACACGGCCACCCGUCACGUCCUGCUCCGUCAGGGAGUGCUGGGAAUCAAGGUCAAGAUCAUGUUGCCUUGGGAUCCAAAUGGCAAGAUCGGCCCGAAGAAGCCCCUGCCGGAUAAUGUGUCCGUGGUGGAGCCUAAGGACGAAAUCAUGUACAGCACCCCACGCAGCGAACCCAAGAACAAGCCAACGCUGGAACUGGGCGAAGUUGUGGAGCCAGUGGCUAGCUAAACUCUUAAUUGUAACAUUUACAAUGUAACUGAAGGGGAGGAAAUAUAUGGAAAAAUGUGAGAUAAAAAAAUCUAAAAAGUAAGUGUAA